CAAAACUUUGCAAAAGCCAAUAGGACAUGCGGGGAGGAGAGACGUAAGAUCUAAAUCUCGUUAAGGUGCUCAGAAAAAAGAGGGACUCGGCAAAACUUUGCCUGGCUGAUAGAUGAGAGAGUGUGGAAGGAAUGGCAAGUUUAAGACAAGAAAUGUGGGGUUUUACUUGAUUUCAGGGUGAAACAGUUUCUUAUAGAAGCGUGCGCAUUUACGCACGUGCAGAGUUCCUCGGGAAUCUCGGAGACGCGAGACUAUCAAGCAACUUUUUACCCACCAAGAAUGACAGAAAAGAGCAAGUCCUUGGCUGACCGGGCGCGCAGCCCAACAGGCAGCGACAGCUCUAUGUCCCAACGUGGAUCUGAUACAGAGUCCCUGACCUCUCCGGGGUCCGACAACCAGGAGACAGUGCGCCAUUCCGGGAUUACGCACAAACCAGAGAGCAACGCGGAGGAUGAGCGCUUCCCCACCUGCAUCCGUGACGCGGUGUCUCAAGUGCUGAAGGGUUACGACUGGUCUCUGGUACCCAUGCCCUCUCAAGGGGACAGGGGGCUGAAGUGUAAACCUCAUGUGAAACGGCCGAUGAACGCGUUUAUGGUUUGGGCUCAGGCAGCGCGCAAGAAGCUGGCGGAUCAGUACCCACAUCUGCACAACGCCGAACUCAGCAAGACCCUGGGCAAACUGUGGCGACUUCUCUCUGAAACAGAGAAGCGUCCUUUUAUUGAGGAGGCCGAGAGGCUGAGGCUGCAGCACAAGAAAGACUAUCCAGACUACAAAUACCAGCCUCGGAGACGGAAGAGCACCAAACCGGCGCAGGUGGACUGUAGACCUGGCCUGGUCCAGCAGCAGCAUCAGCUUGGCUUGUAUAAGACAGAAUCAGGCAUGUCCAGGCUGGCUGGUGCAGAGGAGAUGCACCAUCAUUACCAUCCGGACAGGACAGGUCAGUCUCAUGGACCUCCAACACCUCCAACUACCCCCAAAACCGACCUUCACAUGGGGAACAAACACGAGAGCCACCGGCCUGUGGACAGCAGCACCGGCUCUGUUCCUCCAGUCAGCCGUCAGAACAUUGACUUCAGUAAUGUAGACAUUUCAGAGCUCAGCACAGACGUCAUCAGCACCAUCGACGGCUUCGACGUGCAUGAGUUUGAUCAGUACCUCCCUCCCAACAACCACAGCUCCACUGUUCUAACUCCACCAGAUACCAGUCAUGGACAUAACCACCCUUCUGGAACCUUCAUCCUACCCAGCAUUCACUCUCACUCCCACAACAUUCCCACAUGGACACCCAAAAUUGGGACUUCCACUGGAAUGCCACCAUCCUCUUCCAGUCAUGACACGCAUGGGCUCCAUGAGGACACCAGCCAAAAACCUCAGAUAAAAACUGAGCAGAUGAGCCCAGGUCACUGCAGCAGCUCUAGCACCUGCACUCCUCCACCUCCACAACUUGAGUACACCUCCCUUGGUUCGGGUAUUUGCCCUUCCUCCACUUCCUCCUCAUCCUCCACCAACCAGUCUGACUACACUGACCUUCAAAGCUCCAGCUUCUACAGUGCCAUCUCCGGGUACCCUGCCCAUCUGUAUCAGUACCCAUACUUUCACUCCUCUCACAGGCCUUAUGCCACACCGCUUAUCAACAGCCUGGCCUUGGCAGCACCUCCACACAGUCCUCCCUCUGGCUGGGAGCAGCCUAUUUACACAACACUCACCAGACCUUAAAGAGGAGUAAAUCCCCCGCAAACUGCCACAAAACUGUGUCCAAGUGGUCUGCUUUAGUGUAUUAUAAAGCAGUAUUUGAAGAGUAUCGAUUUCUGAGGGACAGUGAUGAUAUCUGUUGGCCAAAACUUUAAAGGGCCCAUGUUGUGUAUCAAUGUUACAUUUGUGUUACACUGACUGUUACGUUACAUGUUACAUUACAUUUGCAAUUCAGUGUUUUGACUCUUGUUUGAGUCCAAAGGAGAAAUGACAUUUGAUCCUGCAUUGGAGUCUAAAACGUUCCAUUAAAACUCAACACAUAAUGAAAUGUUGGAAUGCGAGUAACAUCUAUUUAAGAGAUGGGGUUUCAGGUUUAAUAACACUUUUUCCACUCUUAAUCUGGCUUUACCUUUACCUUCACAGAGAUGGGGUCCAGAGUAAACUGUGACAUUAAAACUUUUUUCCAAUUAUAAGAUAGAGUUAUGUGAACGCUUUACUUUAUUCUGUGAGUUCUUGCUGCCAUCA